UGUGUAUAUGACCUGACUGCGUCUUAUUCCGAAUAUUGGCUUUAAAUUUGGAUCAAUCAUGAGAGUCAGACAAGAACAUUGGAACUUGCUACUCGAUAUUUGCGAACAAAACCCUGAGGUGAUCAGUAAUAAAUUUAAUGGACCUGAUGGCAAAGCAAAGGGUCAUGAACUGUGGCAAAACAUUACCCAUCAACUGAAUAGUUUGGGAUUCGGCGAAAAAAACAAAGAAGAUUGGAGAAGGGCUUUGAUUGACUGGAAAUGUAAAACGAAAGCUAAGGCAUCAAAAAUCAAACAAGAAAUUGUGAAAACUGGUGGAGGACCAGCAAAUUAUGUACCUCUCUCUGAUGCAGAAAAGCGGCUCCUCAGCCUUAUGGGAACAAAGUCUGUUCAAGGAGAUGAUGUAUGUGAAAUGGGCUUUGGACAGGUAACCACAACAUCUAAUACAACAGAUGUCUUUAACUCAACAAUGGAAGCAUCAAGCUGCAAUGUGAUAAAUCAAGAAAAUAGGCAAAAUGAUAACAUCAAAACAUUACCUGAGCACAAUUAUACUCCAACUAAUACAAAAAAUCCCUCAAGAAAACAUCAAAGAACACCAUAUCAGAGAACUUACCAAAGAAAUUCAAACAGAUCAACAACAAUUACUGAAGAAUCACUCCAGGUCCUCAAAAAAAUAGAAAGUAAUACCCAAAGUAUUGCAGAGUCAUUGAAAAUACUUGCUGCUGUUGCACAAAUCGCAUUUUCAAAAGACAGUGUUAAGUUUAUUACAAUGGAAAGCCUCGAUACCAGUGUUAUGGUGGGCAGCUAUAAUGAGGGAUCAAGAAAAAAGCUACGACGAAAAACAAAAAGGGAAGCAGAAUAUGAAAAGAGAUAUCAAGACGCCGACCCCUUGUUGCUCAAUUUUCGGCCAACCUGUAUCCACCGAGAAGGCCAGUUUAAUUGCAACAGUAUUUCUAGAAGCAUCCUAGCAAACGCAAAAAGAAAAGUUUUCAUUAAGCCGGACAGAAAAGAGCAAGAUAGAAGAUUAUCCUUUUUAAUGGAUGUAACGCAUCCAAAACGCAGCCGUGUUCGUGGUGAUGUGAGAAAAAACAAGCGACAUCGCGUUGCAGUUAAAUAUUUCUUGAUGUCGACAGAAAAACAAAGAAUACCUGUAUGCUCAAAUUUUUUUGCGAAGUUAUUUGGGGUUGGUCAACGAAGAUUGAAUACAAUUGCUGACGGAAUGUUAUCUGGUGUCGGAAUAGUGGAUAAACGAGGAGGAGAUCACAAACUUCAGAGGUUUUCAGCAAAAAGGAAGAAAGUGUACGAGUUUAUUUCAAAACUAAGAGCUUCCGAAAGUCAUUACGCAAGAAAUAAAAGCCGCCGACUUUACUUGCAUUCAUCUUUGAACAUAAAUCGACUCUUUCAUCAUUAUAACUCUACCGUUGAAGAAGAGCAGAAGGUGAAAAAGACAUUUUUCGUGAAAAUUUUCGAGACAAAGUUUAAUCUAGGGUUUGGGUCCCCUGCUUCCGAUACAUGUAGUUAUUGCGCUAGACUUAAAAGUAAACUUCAAUCUUGUGAAAAUGGUGUUACCAAAGAACGUUUAGUUGCAGACAUUGUAAUCCACAAAAAGAGAGCUAAAGCCUUCCAUAGUUUGAUGAAAGCAACCCCAGAAGCAAGCAUAACGUAUGUGUUUGACUUGCUACAAGUGCAACCGAUUCCCAAAGUCAGUAUUGGUGAAGCUUUCUAUGCAAGGCAAAUUUCAUUUUAUGCUUUUUGCGUAACUGAUGUUGCAACUAAAAAUCCACAUUUUUAUAUCUGGAAUGAAACACAAGCUGCAAGAGGUGCUCAAGAAAUUUCUUCAGCUUUAAUGGACUUUUUAGAUAAAUUGCGGAUUGAUGACUCCAUAACCCAAAUAAGGCUUUUCGCGGAUGGCUGCGCAGGCCUGAACAAAAAUCAGCACAUGAUCCAUGCCCUAACAUUCUGGCUACAGAAAAACUCUCCAAACAAUAUAAAACAGAUAGUAAUGUAUUUCCCAGUUCGCGGGCACUCAUACCUACCUGCUGACAGGGUAUUUGGCCGAGUUGAAAAACAUCUACGAAAAACUGAAGAGGUGUUGGACCCCACAGCUUAUAUUAAAAUUUACAAAGAAUACGGGACUAUCAGCGUACUAGGCGAAGAUUGGUUUAUCAAAAAUUACAAAGACUUAAAAGAGAUACUAAAACCAAUCGAUGGAAUAAGUGACAUGAAGAGGAUCUUUUUACAAAAAUUUUUAAAAAAAGGCUACGUUGAUGUUAAAAUGAAACUUGCGCCCACCUACAUAUUCGACGACACUUCGAAACAGCUAAUGUCGAUAACAAAACGGGGUCAUGCUUUCUCAAGGGAUAUGCAGAAUCGCUGCAACCUACCAUUGGUAAAUAAAGUCAAGGAAGAUAAAAGAACUGAUGUGCGGAAGCUGCUUUGUGCAAGAUUUGGCCAAGAGUGGGAAGAUGACAUCCCGCUAUCGCCGUUUUUGUUUUUUCAUCAUGCCUUAAAGCCCAUGACAGAACCAGACGCUGAAAGUGCAAAUCCAGACACUGAAAUUACAGAUCCCGCCAAAGAUGUAACUGAACAAACGUCCAUGUGCGACUGCCUCGAAGAAGAUCCCACCAAGGAACAAAUUUGACUUUUUUUACGUGUGCUUGAUAUAAGUAUUAUUAACAUUACUAUUCAUGUUUGUAUGUUUCGAAUAAAUUAAAUAAAAACAAAAUAAUAUGUUCCCAAACCAAUAAAUUGCAACAAAUAGCAUUAUGUCC